AUGGAGAAACAACGUGUGAGUUUGUUGGAUGCAGGGUUAUUCUACCAGCGUCAUUUACCGGGGGGGGCAAGGUAUAUGCUACAACAAUAUCAAGAUGCAAUGGCGAUUUGCCGUUGGGCUGAGACACCAGAUCUUUUUAUUACCAUGACUUGCAACCCGAGAUGGCCUGAAGUUGACCGUCACAUUAGUGCUACCACACCUGGGCGGACAGCAUCAGAUAGACCAGACAUUCUUGCACGCGUUUUUAAAAUUCGGCUUGAUGAGCUUAUUAAAGAUUUAAGGAAAAAAAAUCAUUUUGGCAAGACGAAGGCUGUUAUUUACACAAUUGAAUUCCAAAAACGUGGACUUCCGCAUUGUCAUGCUUUGCUUUUUCUAGAACCUGCGGAUAAGAUUGGUACAACGGAAGAUAUUGAUAGAUAUAUAUCCGCUGAACUUCCUUCUGAAUUGCAAGAUCCUGCUGCUUUUGCAGUUAUUAGCAAGCAAAUGAUGCAUGGACCAUGUGGUGAACUAAAUCCAACGAGUCCUUGUAUGCAUAAUCAGAAAUGUACGAAAGGGUAUCCAAAGAACUAUUGUGAUGAAACAUUUAUAAGAAAUGAUGGGUGGCCCUGUUAUAAAAGGCCGAACAAUUCAAGAACAGUCCGGGUUGGUAGUCAAGAUAUUAGGCUUGAUAAUCGAUAUGUGGUUCCUUAUAACCGUGACUUACUUGUCAAAUAUGGUUGCCAUAUAAAUGUGGAGUGGUGUAACCAGGCGAUAGAAGCGUGUUGGAAGCUGUUUUCAUUUGACAUGAAUUACCGUUCAGUUGCGGUUGAAAGACUACCAUUCCAUGAAGAAGGUUGUAAUAGAGUCUACUUCCGAGAUGAUGCUGAUGUUGCUGAUGUAGCACAACGAUCAACAUCUGCCUUUUCUAAGUUCACUGCAUGGAUGGAGGCAAAUCGGAAUCACCCAGAGGGUCGGAAUUUAACCUACGUUGAGUACCCAACUCAUUACACGUGGCAUGAAAAGGAUAGGCAAUGGAUGCCAAGGUAUGGUGGUAAUACUAUUGGUCGCAUUUAUCAUGUGAAUCCUUCUAUGGGUGAGAAGUAUUAUCACCGUUUGUUAUUAAAUGUUGUUCGCGGUCCACGUAGCUUCAAAGAAAUUCGUACGGUUGACGGUGUCGAGUAUCCAAAUUAUAUGUUAGCUUGUAAAGCACUAAGUUUGCUUGGAGACGAUGUUGAAUGGGUUGAGGCUAUACGUGAAGCCUACCAGUGGAAGUUAGGGAAUCAAUUGCUUGAGUUGUUUGUCACGAUUCUUUUAUUCUGCACAGUUAGUGAUCAGUCGAAGUUAUUUUAUGACUGUCUUGAAUACUUAUCCGAAGAUGUUGCUUUCAAACAGAGAGCACUUCUAGGUAACCAACUUGUGGUGUUCACGGAUGAGGAGAUACUUAACUACACGUUGCUUGAGAUAAAUUCAAUUUUAAACAAUCACAACAAAUCAUUGGCCGACUUUCCAACUCUACCUCAGCUUGAUCCUCAUUUAACGGAUGAUGGUUCCAAUGGGUUGAUUAUUGCUGAAAAAACAUAUAAUGUGCAAGAAGAAGCUGUGAAAUUCAAUGAGCUACAUAGCGGGUUAAAUGCUAUUCAAAGGCAAGUGUUUGAUGCUAUACUUGAUUCAGUGAAUAACAACAAUGGUGGCGUUUUUUUUUGUAUAUGGCAACGGAGGGACAGGAAAAUUGUAUUAUCCGUUGCAUCGUCUGGAAUUGCAUCUAUGUUGUUACCUGGGGGUCGUACCGCACAUUCACGGUUUCGCAUUCCUAUAGAUAUUGAAAAUGAUUCAUGUUGUUCGAUCGACUACGGCAGCAACCUUGCUCAGUUAAUCAACGCUGCUGAUCUAAUAAUUUGGGACGAAGCACCUUUACAACACAGGUAUGCAUUUGAGGCUGUUGACCGAACCUUUAGAGAUGUUUGUCGUGAUAACAUGGUUGACGCUCGGCAUCGGGUAUUUGGGGGAAAAGUUGUGGUUCUUGGAGGUGAUUUUCGUCAAAUUUUACCGGUUGUUCCGCAUGCCCCACGUAGUCAGAUUGUCGCGUCUGUUGUUAACAAGUCAGACACAAUAUGGAAUGCAUGUAAGGUAUUUCAUUUGACGACUAAUAUGCGCUUACACAAUCCAAAUGUCAGUAGAGAUUCGCUUGAAAAAAUGAAAACGUUCAGCAAUUGGAUCUUGGCCAUGGGGGCCGGUCGCUUGCCUACAAUUUCAUUGGUGGGGGAAGAUGAACCUACGUGGAUCAAAAUGCCUAACGAUCUUUUAAUCCCGGUUUCUGAAAAUCCGAUUGGUGCAGUGGUUUCCAAUACCUUUCCUGAUAUUUUAGAGAGAGUCAAUGACAUUCACUAUUUAAAAAAACGCUGCAUUUUGUGCCCAAUGAAUGAUGAGGUCGAUAAGAUCAACCUUCACGUCCUUGAAAAAAUGCCAGGUGAACUUCAAGAAUUGUUAAGUGCUGAUGAAAUAUGUCAAAGCACAAACAACUAUGACGAGAUGUGCGCUUUGUAUCCACCUGAGUUUCUUAACACGUUGAAUUUUUCUGGGAUUUCAAACCAUAGGUUACAGUUAAAGAUCGGUGCACCGGUUAUUUUGAUGCGCAACUUAAAUUUGCAAAAGGGCUUGUGUAAUGGUACACGGUUGGUGGUUACACAAAUUAGUCGGCGUGUUAUUGAGGCAGUAAUUAUUACCGGUACACAUGUUGGCGAAAAGGCAUUUAUUGGUAGGAUCGAUAUGACUCCAACGAAUACAUGUUGGCCUUUUUCUUUUAAACAUGUUAGCGUGUAUCUGGGUUUUACAAUUCAUGCAAGGAUACCUGCUAAUUUGAUUUACAUUUUCAAGAACCGUUUGGAAGAGGGCUGUGUGUAUAUGAUUGAUAACUUUUUUGUUCAUCCCUAUGAUAUGUUGUACCGUCCUUUGCGACGUUGUAAGUAUCUUGAAUUUUCGCGGUGGACGAGAGUCUCUGCUUCGUCUAUUGAACCGUGGUUGUUUAAACGCUAUGUUUUUGAUUUGGCUCCAUUUGAGGAUCUAACCAAACGCAUAAAUGAUGAUCACUAUCUGACAGAUGUUUUUGGUGCACUACGCGCAUGGGGUCCUGUUAACACUGAAUCUUCAAACGUUCAUGGCAACAAACUUAAUGUUACGUUAUGGGGCAAAGCUGCUCUCAAGUUUACUGACGAGGCCAUCCGCAGUUAUGGAAAUAAUCAAAUUUUGGUUAUUUUGACCGGUUGCAAGGUCCGAAUGUUCGAUGGGGGUCCGUGUUUAGUGUCAACGGUUGCGACUGAACUUUAUCUCAAUCUGGAUUUCCCUAUUGUCAUUGAGGCCUUCAAAAACAUUGUAGUGCCGCCUGUUACGUUCACAUUGGAUGAUCAAAGCAACGAGGACAUGUCUGUUGUUAGUGUAUUUGACAUCUAUAAUUAUAUUAAAGAUGGUCUUGCUAAGGGAAAAAUGUACAAUGUUGAGGGCACAAUAAUUGGUGUUGAUUUGGAGGAGGAUUGGAAGUAUAAACUGGCUGUUCAAUUAUGGAACCAAGAAAAAGAGAUUACAUGUGUUCUCUUUGACGAUGCUGCAAAUCUUCUUCUCGGACUUACGGCUGAACAAUUGAUUAUAAAGACCUUAUCAGAGGGUGCUGAUGAUCCGUAUUGGAUAUAUGAAUUUCUGAUGGACGCUUUAUGUGCUCGGCAUGUGAUUUUUAGGAUAAGAGUUGAUGAUUACAAUUUGGCACCAACUUACAGUCCACGCUUCACCGUAUCAAAAUACUUGGGUGACGAUAUUAAUAAUCUUGCUAGCACUUUACUUCCUUCAACAUGUCCUUCUGCUGAUGUUCUCCAUGACGAAGCUAGCGAGUUUUUAUCUCGGAUCAAUGAUGAUGAAUGGGACAUGAUACACGAGUCAUUAUGGGGACCACGCGAUUGUUGA